CCGCGCAUGCGCAGCGCUGCCCGCUGGCGGCUGAGCGGGAGAGGCCGCGCUCCCACAGAGCUGAACAUGGCGGGGGCGUAUUUCCCUGUGGGCCCCGGGUUGGGUCCCGAGGAGAACUUCUUAUCGCUGGACGACAUCUUGAUGUCUCAAGAGAAGCUGCCCAGCCGAGCCGAGAGCAACCUGCCCCGCAUGGCCUUCGCUCUGGGCCAGGGGACCGGCGCCGGUUCCGGGGAUUGCAUCCCUGAGGGCUCAAAGCUGGAGCUCCCAAUGUGGCUGGCCAAGGGGCUGCACGACAGCAAGAGGAGGCUGAUCUCUGUGGAGCUGCCGAAGAUCUACAGGGAGGCGUGGAGGACGGUGUUCAGCGCUGAUGCCAACGUGGUUGAUUUGCAUAAAAUGGGGCCAUACUACUAUGGAUUUGGCUCCCAGCUCCUGAACUUCGACAACCCAGAGAACCCCGAGAUAGCUCAGACUAUCCUGCAGACAUUUAUUAGCCGUUUCCGUCGUAUCAUGGACUCCUCUCAGAAUGCCUACAACGAGGACACGUCAAGUCUGGUGGCUCGGCUGGAUGAGUUAGAACGAGCCUUAUUUCAAGCUGGCCAGAAGGGGCUGAAUGACUUCCAGUGCUGGGAAAAGGGACAGGCUUCACAAAUCACAGUUUCCAGUCUGGUCCAGAAUUACGGGAAAAGAAAAUUUACAGACAUGGAUGGGUAAAAGCCUGAAGAACAGGUGGCUGCAACAGAGGACACCGAGAUAGAUAGUCACAGAAAGGAAAGAUGAAUCAGCUUUGGGAAAGGACAGAUUCCCAGUCCAUUAACAGGAGUUCUUUCCUAACAUCUUCAUAUUAGCCUAGUGCAAAUCUUGAAGGCAGAUGGCAAGGAUAUUAAAAAUAGAUCACAUCACAUUGCUGGAUAGCCUUACAGCUUACUCAUACCACCCAUGAGGAUCUGUGGUUAUAGUGCUUGCUAAGUGGCUGAAAGGAUGUGAGAGGAUUUUCUAAAAGGGUAAUUGAUAUUUAUCAUUCUUUAGCUUCCAAAUUGAUAUUUGCAGUGCCAGAUCUGUUUGGAAAACAAGUGUAAUUGUUUAUAUUCCAUCCUUUCCAUACGAGCCUCCUGGGAACAUCUGCUUCCAGCUUCCCUGUUCUUUGGAGAACCCCAGAUAUAUGGAGGAAAAAAAAAAGUGCUAGAAACUACACUGCACUUUUCCCAUUUCUUAUACAUUUAAGUUUAACAGAUGCUCUCCAUGAGACAGGGAUCCCUUUCCUUGCUGAUUUUUGUACACAGCAUUAGUACUUCAGAGAACGCUUCUCCACCUGUGCAGAUCUGAGGAGCUGCCUUGUCUUUUCUUUCCCUUCCAGCCUUUGUGGGAUCAGUGCUGCAGGUGAUGGAGGAUGUUCCCAUCUGCUGUGAGUGCCUUUUGUGAUGGAUGUGCUUCUGCAGCAAACGCUGAGCUCUUCCACUCAUUUUACAGGAGCAUCAAAAGUUAGUCUGGGCUGGUUUAAAAGCAGGUGCCUUAAUGGAAUUCAUCCUCCGUUAUCAACCUGUGUCAUCUGUUUCCGCCAUGUGAAAAUCUACUUACUAAGUUCAGUUGGCAGUGGAGGGACAGAGCAAAUGAACUGAGUUUCCUUCCUUCUGAUCCAUCUGCAAAGUGAUUCUAGUAAAUAUUAUCACUGCCAGUAGGAGAGACUGAAGCUGGUACUCGAACAGCCCAGCAUUUAUCAUCCUACCCCUUCCUGCUCCAGGAGUCACAAGGAGACAGCAGCGUUUCUGAUGCAAGACCUUCAAGAUCUGAUGCACCAAGUCUUGUAGGAGUUGCUUGUCUUUGGAGGUGUACCUGGCCAUCACAUUCUUCAGACUAAAGACCUGCAGUGCAAAUGAUGCAUGGUCAUUCCUCUGAAGCUCUGCCCUGGAGGUCAUGAGAGGGGGCAGGGUGUUGGCUUCAGCUCUGCUGGGGAGACUAACUGGAAACUGCCUCACAAAGUAUUUGGAGUACAUACAGGCUCAAAUGCUGCUGUAUGUAGUAGCCUAGACAUUUUCCUGGAAUAUUUGUCUAUUUUCUAUUUCUGGAUUUUUAUGCUGAAUAAAGAUUUUUAAGGGGGAAGUUA